AAACCAGAGUGUGGAGCCACAGUGUGGCGGUGGAGGCAGCAGCAAUGGGAGGCCAUACAGCACCCUAUGACAAAAUGGAACCCACCAGCAGUCCUGGCAGCAGCAUGAGGAGGCGGUACGGGGGCCCAUGGCAGAUUACGGGGCCUGGCAGCAGCAAUGGGAGGCCCGUAAUCUGCCAGCACCCUAUGACAAAAUGGAACCCACCAGCAGUGUGAGGAGACCUGAAAGUGGCACAUGGCAGAGUGUGGCGAUGGAGACAGCAGCAAUGGGAGGCCGUACAGGGACCCAUGAGAGACUCUGGACCUGGCAGCAGCAU